AUGUCGGGCUAUUCCCAGGAGCUCGAUUCCCCAUCCGGGGGGACCGCCCAGUCGCCGGUGUCCGACGAGGAGGUCUACUAUGCCACAGUGUCCUCGGCGCCGCCCAAGCGGCGCGCGGGGCGCACCAAGUUCCGCGAGACGCGGCACCCGGUGUACAGGGGAGUGAGGCGCCGCAGCGCCGGGAAAUGGGUGUGCGAGGUGCGGGAGCCCAACAAGAAGUCGCGCAUAUGGCUGGGCACCUUCCCCACCGCCGAGAUGGCGGCGCGGGCGCACGACGUGGCCGCCAUGGCCCUGCGCGGGCGCGCGGCGUGCCUCAACUUCGCCGACUCCGCGUGGCGGCUCCCCGUUCUCCCCCGCUCCGCCACCGCCCGGGAGAUCCAGCAGGCCGCGGCCAAGGCCGUCCAGACGUUCAUCCUGGAGAGCGCUGGUGCCGACGAGGGCGGCGCGGUCGGCACACCGUCGUCGGACAUGGCCGAAACGCCGCCGCCAGCGGAGGCGCCGGCGUUGGAGGAGAUCGAGGGGGGCUACCUGGACUUGGACUUCGGGCUGGAGGACUACCUGGCGAACAUGAGGAUGCUCUCCCCACUGCACCCCAUUCAAAUGCACAACCACUGGGGAGGGGGCUUCUGGGACGACGUGGAGGCCGACUCCGACGUGUCGCUCUGGAGCUACUCCAUCUGA